GGGGCCUGUAGUGAUAUUCUAAGGAUUAUCACGAUUAAAUGUGGAGAAAGGCCGACAUUUUGUUUUCAUGGCGUCAUUAGAAAUUGUGGAUAACCGACAAAUGAUUGUUUUUCGCAAAAUGAACUAAUUCUAUUGUUUGUAAUAGGUUUGUUCCCGUUUGUAGUGACCUUAGAAAGUUUUGUUAGUUUCCCAUUUAUUUUUAAAUAAAUAGUUAAAAAUACACCACCAUGUUUAUUGCUUUUUUUCCCAACAAAAUGGAAUUUAAUUAUAAUAAAUGCGUCUCAUUGCGCAAUCAGAGUUGUAUGGGAUGAUCAGAAGAUGUUGAAGGCCUCAGGACGUUGAUAACACUCUAUUGGAGGUUAUCAGGAGGUGCUGGUGAGGCGAAGGUGUCCAUUUCUCUUGUGGGUUAAUUUUGUUCUCCAAGAUGACAACCAAGAUGGAAUUCGCAGUCGACAUGACGUGCCAGAACUGCGUGAAGAAGGUAGAGGAGUCUCUGGGGAAGCUGAAGGGCAUUCAGGGUGUGGAUGUCUCCUUGGAGAGGGGAACCGUUGUCGUCCAGACUCAUCUGCCUUAUUCUGAGGUUCAGGAAACGAUUGAGAAGUCUGGAAAAAGGGCUGUUCUCAAAGGAUAUGGAGACGGAAGUGUGAGUGCUGUGUCUAUGGUGGGAGGUACAUCAGGGUUUGGCAUCAAUAAAGCAAUUCAAGGUGUCGUGAGAUUCGUCCAAACACCGAAUGUCUGCAUCAUCGAUGGAACUGUGGAUGGGCUGAGCCCUGGAGCCCAUGGAAUCCAUGUUCAUGAGUGUGGAGACAUCUCUGCUGGUUGUGAUACCGUCGGGGAACAUUUUAAUCCAUAUAAUGCAGCUCAUGGAGGCCCUGAUGAUGACAUUACACGAAGGCACGUGGGUGAUCUUGGAAAUAUCGUUGCUGACAAUUCUGGACGAGCUAGAUUCAGACUCCAAGACAAAGUACUCAGUGUUGACGAUAUCAUCGGGAGAUCUCUGGUCAUCACUCAGGAUUUUGACGAUCUAGGCAAAGGAGACAGUUCGAAAUCGAAAGUUGAUGGGAACAGUGGCAGAAGAUUGGCAUGUGGCAUAAUCGCAAGAUCUUCUGGAGUCUUCGAGAAUACAAAAAAAAUUUGCGCCUGUGAUGGAAAGACCCUGUGGGACGAGCGAGACGAUGCAUUGCAAAAAGUGCAUGGUAAUAAACUCUAGGAGCUCUUCGAGUGGAUCAGUCCUCCCACUUGAUUGUGAUUUCUUAAAAAAAGUGAUAAUUAACUUCUACGUGUUGGUGGGGUAAAGAUGGUAACAUUCCGUGGGAUUCCAGGGGAGAGUUGGGGUUCACACUUUAAUUUUUGUACAUUUUUUUUAUUUGAUACGAACGGUGAAAGAUAUUAAUGAAUAAAGACUUAAUAAAUUUGAAAAAGUUCUGAUCAAAACCAAAA